CUUUUGUUUUAUCGCGAUGCCGCAGUGACCCGCCUGUUGUAUCGACCGAUAAUAUGAUCGAGUAACUCACAUGGAUAUUGUUCUUCUUCGAUACGCAACCUGCUGCGCCUGUUUCGGGGAUGAAAACUACUCGCUGUCCUGAGAAUUCAUCCGCGGCGUAAUCGUCGCCAACCUGGAGUUUUGCUUCAUCGCAGCCUCGGGAGGGGGUGGUCCGAUGUUGGCCCCUCCCGUGGCCCAGGGGGCAGCAGGGCGGCCCGUCGGCGGUGCAGGUGCAGGUGCAGGAGGCCUGGGAAAUCGCGGACAACAGUCCGUCGGUCCUGCGGCCGCGCUUUGGCCUUUGACCCCGACGCAGUCCUCGGCUCCACCCGCCGGACAGUCCCAGGGCACGCCGCCGCUUCCAGCCACCCCUGCGCCAGCCCACAGCCAAGGCUUGAAUCGAUAUGGAUUGUACUCGUUGUUUCCCGGCAGUAAUCCCGGUGGUUACGUUGCCGCAACACCGGCAACACCUGGACCACCGCCCACCAGAGCUUACCACGCGACAACUCACAAGGUUUCAGAGAGCGUGUUUUCAGCCGCCGUCGGCGUCGGCGUCGGCGUCGGUGGAUACACUUGGGGGGCUCCCACGCCGCCCCCCGGUUCGCCCUACAGUCCUGGACCCGUGACGCAGCUGGAGCUUUUGGCCAAGAAUCUGGCGAGUCUCGCGCCUCCGGCACAACAAGCUCUCAGCCUUCAGGGCGUCGGGGUGAACGUGGGGAGCCUGCAUCACGCCCAGCACACUCAGCACACUCAGCACACUCUCAACCUCGCCGGGCUUCACCAUCUUCAUCACGGCGGAAUUCACCAGAGUGCCGGAUUUUCGCCGCAGUUAUCUCUGGUAACCGGAAACGCGCCGACGUUGACGAUAAACAGUUUUUCAUCGCCGAAUUCGGCACCCUCGCCGACGACGGGUGUCCUCCUCCAGGAUUACCAAUCGCCGAUAUCCUCGAACACGAUCAGCUGCCCGACGUCUCUUAGCUCGUCGACGUCGGGGGCUGGAAACGGAGCGACGACGAGCGGCAGCGCGAUGCUGAUACAGGGGACGACCUACCAGGGCAUCGCCAAGAGGAGGGAGGCCUUUCUACCCAGUCAAGGACAGCCGAUUAAACUUGAAAACAAAAGCAGGCAGCCUUGCGUCUGCAGGAACACUAAUGGCAAGACGAAAAUCGUUCAUUCGGACGCCGGAUGCAGCAGGACUCUGCCGAUCGUCUCGUCCUGGAACGGGCAGCAGGAUAAUAUCGGUACGAAUUGCAGCGCGAUCAGCUCGGCGACGACCCUCGUCAAGAGGGAACCUAUUACCUCGGUUCCGUGCCAGGUCGCCGAAGUCUCCACGUCUUUGCACGCCACUACAACCGCUGUUAAAAUCGAACCGCUUCCUCCGAAGUCGGAAAACGGUAUCGUAGUGUCAAAUUCGGGGGGUGGUAUUCCCGUGGGAAUAGCAGUCGCCCGUCAGAGGCUGCAGCACCAGGAAACGUCGUCGUCGACGACGAGGAACGUCUCCUUGAGUCAUCACACGUCUCACCACGCGAGCUAUCAUCACUUCCAGCCGGACACUAUGGGAGGUACCGCGGCCAUGACAGUGGGCGGGGCUACGCUGGUGCAUUGUGGGGCCGCGGGGGAAGAUCGGCCUGCCCACCUGACCAUACCCUCAGCCACACUUCCGCCCGGGCUGAACGCCGCCCUCAAUUCAACCCUGAAUUCAACCCUCGGGAGCCUCGGGAACGCCGCCGCCGCCGCCGCCGCCGCCGCCGCCACAACCGCCACGGCUUGGCCACACACUUUUUGGCAGUAUCCAACCGCAGCGAUGCCGAUGGACCCUGUGGGCUUCCCUCAAAUGGGAAUCGGAGGUCUUCAAGGCGGUCUUCAGCUCGUCAGGGACCCGUCAACCGGACACCUUCUUCUCAUACAUGCCACAGCAGAACAAGUUCAGCAGGCUGUGGUUUGGCCAAACUACUCGGGUAACAGCGGAGGCAACGUUGGUCCCCCACCGCUUUUGCUGCCUCCGCCCCCGCCCCCGUCUCUACAACUUCUCAGCGAUAUUGGGGGUGCUCGUAUCGUACUCACCGACAGCAAACGGAAACAGCAGAACAACUUACCCAUUGUCAAAAUCGAAGCUGAUUGCAGCAACAGUCCGACUACUAUCAUUACAUCCGCCGAAUCGACGAAAGCUCUGCAAACUGUGACAUCGAUGUCCGGCGCACUGAUUCCCGAUUCGCCACUCGUUACCACCCUCCAUUAUUAUCCGCAUGCACCAGCUCUGGUGCAAAUCAGUCAGGCGGAACCGGCUCACUGCAGGUCACAGGCGACUUCACCAGUUUCCUGCCUCACACCGCCUCCGGAAUCGACGUCCAUACCGGUUAUCGAAACGCCGGAAGUGACACCGAUCGGUGUUCAGGACGCCUCGAAUCAGACGGACUCGCCUGACGAUGAGGAGAUUCCAGUUCUUGACGCCGUCGUCAAGCAGGAACAGAAUUUGAGCCCCUGCCAAAUGCUAGGAAGUAGCAGCAGCAACGCGAACAACACGACGAAUUUCGAGACAGUCUCGUCGCCGGAGAAGUUCUGCAACAUCGUGAGGAUCACAAGCGUGAACAGUAGCAGCGUUUGCAAUGUCGUCGGCAAGGUCGAGAAGACCGAGAACACGUCAAUCGGCGUUCACGAGUGUCCCGGGUACUCGACGACCAGUCCAACGAGGCUGGACUGCGACGUAGACAGGAGCAUUACGUCUGUUGAUAGAACGAUUGAGCACGUUGUUAACUGUCAUGCCCAGGAAGAGAGGAUCGUGUCGGAUCUUAGAUCCGGGCUUAAGAUCAUCGAGAUAACCGAGGAGAACUGCGACAGUUUUCAUGAGAAUUUGGAGUUCUUUAGCAGGCGGAAGGGAUCUGACCAUUCGGUAAAGGUCAGCGAACUUGGCAGACCUCAGUCUUCGGCUGUCGAAGAGAGGAAGGAGAAGGGUUGCGGAACCACCGGCGUCGCCGGGGUCAAGACCAAGGUCGAAGCCGUCGAGGCUCCUUCGGUCAGGAUCGAAGAACUUAAAGUUGAGAACUUGAACGCUUCGCCGAAGAAGAUCAAUUUCGAUCCUUCGUCAAAGGCUUCGGCGCAGAAUUCUAACUGCGUGAGCUGUCAUGCGAAAUUAGAAGCUCCGAGUCUUCAUAAUCAUUCCGAUGUUGUCAAGAAGUCUUUCGACAUGCCGUCGAUCGACUCUGAGGAACAAAAUUGCAAACAAGUCGUUGUUAAGAUGGAAAAAGAGGACACGUUUACAGAUUGUAUUUACUCGCAAAAACCGCAACCCCAGACGCAAACGAUCCUGCAUUCCGGUCAGCUUCAAACUAACGAGAAAUCGAAGUGUCAGGAGAGGAUUGGCGAACCGGCGAAACGACACUCGGUGGAAAAGUUUCAUCCCGGUAUCGAGAACGUGGUUGAAAAAUUGAAGAAAAACGCGGCUGCUGCUUUGCAGGAUAUUAGGAAAUCGGAGGAUGACGGGCAGGUGAACAGAAUCUCGAUGAAUUCCGAGAAUCAUUUGCGCGUUUUGAAAGUCGAGGAUAACGGUUGUCAGGUGAGUUCCGGCGAAAAUGUUGAGAAUGUUACUUAUACGAUGGAAAACCGGGAUCCUUUGUGGACUUCCUCCGUGAGUGAGAGGAUCAAGCACGAAGAGAAAAAUGAUAAUCUGCGAAAACCCGAGGAAUCCGGAAAGCGGAUCCCUUUGAACAACAAAAUUCCGAAUGUAAAACGACCGGAGAAUCACAGUUAUAAUUCACCGAAAAAAAAUUACGUAUUCAACAAUUACACGUUGAACAACAACCUCGAGGAACGACCUGACAACGAUAUUUCAUCCAUGAAAUCCGAAUCUCUGGUUACUCAGCCGCAGGUCUAUCCUCCGCCUCCCAAGAAGGAGUAUGUAUCAAAAAUAUCGGGAGUAAAUAGUGGCGCCAUUUUGACAACGGACGGGGCAAAGCUUCCGGUAAAAUUCACUGACACGAAAUCGAACGUUUCGAAAACGAAACUGGCGGUGGAUUUGAGCGGGCUUGAAUUGCUGUCGAACAGUAUCGAGCAGUUCGAGCACCUGAAGCCCGGCUUUGAGGCCGCGAGAUCGCAGGAAUCCGAGAGCGGCACCGAGUUUCCGGAAUCGCCGAGUAAGCUGAGAACCAUAUCUCCGCAGAGCGAAAGCAACAACAACAAUGUCGACAGCCCUUUGGGGCUGCUUUGCGCGUUGGCGGAGCAGAGGUUCAUGGAGGAAGUCGUCGGCGAUGAGCCAAAGAAAUUGUCGAUAGUCGAUAAUUCCGAGGAGAUAUCGCAAGCCGGGAGAUUGUUGUUGAAUUUGGGAAAGGCGAACGCCGUUUUAAGGGAAGAGACGGCUCGUCCCGAGAAGAGGAAACACUCCAAGGACGGUGAAGACGAGCUUUACGAGGACGCGAAGAAACCGCGGAUUGAGGCAUGCGAGAUCGCCUACGAGAGGCCGAAGAGUAGUAUUCACAAACCGUACGAGGAAUCGGCUAAUUGCAAGCAGAGCGAAUUUAAAGAGAAAACAAGACGCCAGAUCGAUUUCUCGAAUAGAAAUUUCGCCGGGUUCAAUAAUACGGCGAAGAAAGAAGAGGACGGAAAGACAGCGGAUUCAUCUGCUGAUUGCAAGGCGUUUCGAGCCGGUGGAAUUAACGGACAGGAACGGCCUGUGAACAAUUUCGAAGUUGAAAAUGGUCGCGUUCAUGGCUCUUACAAGAAGAAAUACGAAUACUACAUACGCGACAGCAAGGAUUACCUCGACGAGAGAUGUCGCGAUAAUGAUUUCACCGAUUCCGAGGUCGAGCAGAACGCCCUGGAGGGUGACCAUCUCGCUAAACACUCCCUACCCGAAAACGGGGGUGUGAAAAAUCUCCACCCUGCGACGAUCGACGACUGCCGUGAUUCCCAUCACAGGUAUCGAAGUCAACAGGCCGAAGUAGAGGCGAAGAAAUUCAUCGCCCGUAAAGGACAACCCGACGGUGACACCGAAUGGCCGAACAUGGACGCCAUGGAGCUUGACAUGCGGGUGAAGCUCGCUGAUAUUCAGAAAAAGUACAAAGAAAAGCAGAAGGAACUGUCCAGACUCACACCGAAAAAGGACGACAAAAAGGGCCCUGGAAGACCCAGGAGAAAGAGUCAUUCUUCAAGCUCGGAAUAUGACGGCGUUAUUCCAUCGCCACCGGCCCUGGAGAUGAUUGAAUCCCCGCAAAAGUCGAGGGUACGUUCUCCGGAGGUAGUAUCACCGCCUCUGACAGCUGGGGUGGUAGGAAUGCCGCGAUGCAACGUGAAUUUGGUAAAACUCGGUGAGCCCCGAAGUCACAUCAAGCUUCUGGAUAGCAUCCCGAGCAUACCGAUACCAGUGCCACCCGUUGCAUCACCAAUCACUGUCUUACCAACGAGUACAAUAUUGCAGGAUACCGAAGAGAAGAGUUUAACAAGGCUUGAAUACGAUACGUCAUCGCCUGCUCCUACUCUCACCGGCCUAAGCUCAGCAUCGAAAAAACGAAAGGUCGGUAGACCCAGGAAACUUAUGUGUGCUUCCGGUAGCAUAAGGCAUCUGACCGAAACAAUCGUGGCAAAGAAACCGAAGAGCAAAGCUUCGCUGGUUAGUUAUUUACUGGCAGCAAAAAAUCGUCACCUCCAAAACAAGUUGGUUAAUAAGACGGGCUACACACCUCUACCAUUUAAAACGUUGGGUAUAUCUGCCUCAAAGGCAAAUGCUAAAGUACAAAAAACUUCGAAGCUUUUGGCAAAAGGUAAAUCGAAACCGGUCAAGCAAACGCCGUUGCAUAACAAAAGCGUGAUCAGCUCAAUAAUAGCGGAGAAGGAAAAGUUUAGCACGAAUGCAAAGCUUGAAAAACAGGUGAGUAAGGUAAAGCCAAAAUUGAAAGCCGAGGCGAAGCUCAAGACCUGGGAAGAUGACGAAAACGGUGAAUGGAACAAUGUGGCCGAGAAUAUUCCACCCUCGGACAUCCCAUCGCGGAUUGAAUCUACAGAGGAAAUGAAAAUCAUGCCAGUCGAAAAGAGUGAACGGGACAAAGAAAAGCAUGAAAAGUCGAAAAAGAAAAAACGGAAAUCCUGCUCAUCAUCGCCGAAGAGACGAAAGUCGGGAGACCGGGAUUCAAAAGACUCAAAACGGCGGAAGUCAAUCGAGUACAAAGAGUGCAAAGAAUGUGCGAAGGUUGCGAAAACUGAGAAGAGUGAAAAGACCGCAGAGAAAAUUGAGAGUGUUACGAACAAGUGCAAACUAACUGCCGCUCAUUUGGCUAUUGAUCAGCUAAGAGUUCUUACAGCAAUGGGUGGCCUGUUUUAUGCCGGCAGGCUUAGCGCCGUACAGGCUCCUGAUGUUUACGCCAUAACUUUGGACGGCGAAAGGGGGAACAGACCACACAUUCAUCCGAGAGAAGAAAUACUCCGAGAUGCUAUUGUGGAAGUCUGCCCAACCUCUACAAGUGAAAUAACUCCUGGCACGAGACUUUGCGCUUACUGGAGUCAGCAGUAUCGUUGUCUGUACCCAGGAACAUCUGUUGAACCUUCCGAACCUGACCCUGAAUUAGAUGCAAAAUUUGUUAGCGUGGAAUUCGAUGAUGGGGAUAGCGGUAGAAUUGCUCUGGACGACAUAAGACUAUUGCAGCCUGACUAUCCGGUUGUUGAAUAUGACCCAAACCCUCUUCUCACCCUUGGUAAGCGUCGUAGACAGACUUCCUUGUCGACAGAAGAAAAACGAAUUCCAACAGGGAAUCAACAACAGGUGGUUAGCACAACGAAUACCUGUGCGGAGAUCAAGGCUAAUGAAUCUUCGAAAACUGAAGAUGCGGAUUCGAAGGUUGAUGAUGUUCAUCGCGAAAGAAAACGAUUGAAGAAGCGAAGAAGAGACAAACUGAAAAGGCUGCACGAGGCUCAGGAUGGAAAGAGGAGACAUAAGAAGCAUAAUCUCUGCGAGGAACACAGAAAACAAAAACAUAGGAAGCAUAGGAAACAUCGACGCAGGCACAGUCAUCACAGUGGUCACAGCAGUCACAGCGAAGCAAGUCAUCACAGUGGCGCGGAAAGUUGUUCGGGCCAAAAGAGUGAGGAAGAAUCAUCGAGUCUUUCGAAAGACGUAGAAGCAGAAGUUCAAGUAGAGGAAAAACAAAUUGAAGUGGAAAAGUCACAGCAGUCGCUAGAGGAAAUCGAUGAGGAAGAUGAAGAAUUGGUCGAAGAGAAGCAAGACAAGUCGAAAAAGAAUGAUAAAAAAGCGAAGCCUCGUGAACGGCAAGAAUCAGUCGAAAGUCGUAGUAAAAUGGCAGCGUUCUUGCCAGCUAGACAGUUGUGGGGUUGGGCAGGUAAAGGGUACCGGAGGCCAGGUGCUAAAGGAAGAGCAAAGAAGCAGUUUUACAAGGCGAUCAAACGAGGAAGCGAGACCAUUGAGAUCGGUGACAGCGCAGUUUUUCUGUCCACCGGAAGACCAGACCGACCUUAUAUCGGAAGGAUCAAAUCCAUGUGGGAAACGUCUAGCUCAAACAUGAUCGUCAAAGUUAAAUGGUUCUAUCAUCCCGAAGAAACUGUUGGUUGUCCCACAAAUUUGAAAUAUCCGGGUGCGCUUUUCGAAUCGCCUCAUACGGAUGAGAACGACGUGCAAACAAUAUCGCACAAGUGCGAAGUACUGCCGCUUGAACAGUACGUUGAAAAAUUGAGCAAAGAGCCGCAUAGAUACUUGACGAUAUAUGACAACAAUGACAUAUAUUAUUUGGCUGGAUACUACGAUCCUACAACUUACCUGUUGAAUAUGCAACCGGGUGUUGUUUGAGAACAGCUUAAGCUGAGGAUUAAGUUGACCGGGGUAACUUAAUCGUGUGUCAGCUAUCAAAAUUUGCUAAAUAGAUGAUAAUGUAUUCGACUAAGAACCCCGUGCGAGAAAACUUGUGACGAAGUUAAAAUCACGCUAAAUAUGACCUCAAGUGCAUGUGUAAAGUGACAAAAAUCUUCAGCAGUUAAGGCCUUAUUUUGGCCUAAAAAAAUGGUGAAACCCAAAGUUAAACAUCGAGGAUAUUUUAUAAGCAUCGUCUUCACCUGUGAUUUAUCUAUAUCGUGUAACGAUUUCAUAAAUGGGUAAAUAACGAUGACUGGCAAAAGAAUUUUCGGUAUCGUUUAAAUCGCUUUUGAUAAACAGCGGUGAUAAAUUCUAAUUACAACUACCCGGAAGUUGUGCAAAUCAAUUUGACAAAACGGAAUAACAAAUCUGGAUGAAGUUUGAAACCUGGUAAAUAUGUUAUAUGUCCAUCAUUCUCGUAUGGUAAACAUUUACCAGCGAAAGUCAUGCGAAACUUCUUAAAGAUUUUGAAAUGCAACAGUGACGCGAGUGAAAAACGAGAAGACAUUUUUCUCUCCAUGUAGUGAGCUUAUAAAAAAAACUUCUUGAAUACAGCCAUGACCUUGAGCCUUCGCUUGACAAGAUAACAUCGCGAAAGUUCAAAUUACAAAAUGAAAUACAAGUUGAACACUUGACACGUAUGUAAAACAGGAACGACAUUUUAAUACAAGUGAAUAUUUGUAUUUUUAAGAUACAUACAGUAUUUAAAUUUAAUGAGGCGAGGUUUAUCGUCAAACACGUUAUUGAACGGUGAUGUUUCAAUAUUGUUUAUGUUUUCAUGUUUUCCAUCCGAUUCCAAUCAAUUACGAGAUUGGUAAGUGCAGCUAAAAUCGGAAAAGAUGCAAUAAUAAACUGCACCGAAAGGCAUUAAAUGCAAACAAUGGUGGCUAAAGAAUCUGUAAAUAUUGUAAAUAUAUUUGAAUUUUCAUCGUUGAUUUAUAGUUGUACAAAAAUAUCAUAUUAUUAAUAAUAAUCAUGAACAUCGUAAUAAUAGAUCGUAUUAUAGAUUCAAGAAAACGCCUAUUCGCUUAAGAUUAAUUUACUCUUCAAGGAAUCAGUUACGACGAAGCGAAUGCAGAAUAUUUUGUAAAGAGUUUCCGCAGUCAGGACCAGCCUUUUUCCAAGUUACGCAUGGCGUCGGUUAUUGCCAUUUAUAAAAAUUUAUUUAUACCAGCUAUACGAUAAGAAAAAAUUCUUGCAUUUCAAAUAAUCUGCAUCUACACUCACAGGUCUCGGUGAAAGUCCGUCAAAUGAAUAGAUAUAUAAUUACGCUUGCAGAAUAAGUCUUUUACCUGAUGCAACUAUACAAAUUUAGUGAAAUAUUACUUACAAUUAGUAAUCAUCUCGUGUAUUCAUGCUCUGCGAAUUUCGAUACCACGAUCAAUU